UGAUGAGUCCAAAGGAACUUCAAGUGUUGAUAGUUUAAUAUGGGAUUUAACAAUACGACCACAACAUAACCCGCAGGCGCUCAACAAAUUGUAUUCGGAAUCUAUUUCUGAUCCCAAAAUGAAAGAAAACGACGAAAUAGUGUUAACUCGAGAAUUAACUAAAGCGUCGGUCACUCCUAAGAAGAGCAGUCACUCUAACGGAGACUCAAAAUUUGUGGCCGAAGUGACACCAAAACAAACGUCUCAAUACAGGACUCCAGACAAACAACAGCCGAUUAACGAACAAAAGACGACACCUAAGACUUCUUCAAACGUUAAGACGACAGGAAAUCAAUUGAUAGAAAAAGGGAACAAUUCGUCG